GACAUGCUUGCUAAGGUGGAGAGCCUAAUCCAAACAUUUUAGUUUUGGAUUUUUUUAGUUUUUUAAUUAACUAAUUUCUAAGGUGAGAAGAUAAGAACAAGUUACCAUCAAAGACUCAGUCGCAUCACUGGGUACUGGUUCCUUCCACUGUACUAAGAGCAGAGAGCUUCAUGGGUUCUCUAAUGGCAGGAUGGAAUUCAUCCUUCAAAGAUCAGAAAUAUGUUAUGUAUCAGAGAAACAAAUCACUUACUAGAGGGGAAAUCGAUGCAUACUGGAAAUCUAAGAAGAAGACUGAAGAAGAGCAUCUUGGUGAGCUUUCUGGUUCUAAGAGUAACACCCAGGAGAGCUCUUACGAAGAGUCAAAAGGAAGGAUGCAGAGGUCUAGCUCCCUUCCUUUAGUUGAAAAGAGAGAGAUAUUAUCAAAAUAUGGAGCAAAAAACCAGAUGGGGAAAAGUUCAGCAAAAUCAGCAGUUGCUGGUGGACAAGGAGUAACUGGGCGUUUCUAAAUGAACCUCCUGUCGUAACCACGGAAGGCCCUCACAAGUAUGUAUCACAGUACAACGUUACAGAGAUUGGCAAUGCAAAAGGAGUAAACAAGCCACAACUAAGCACAUGAGUUUGACAGUCAUGUGAAAUACUAUGCAUAUGAGUUACUAUAGAUGUAAAAUAACCUGUUAUAUAUAGUUGACUUUGGGUUUCACUAUGUAACAAAGAGGUAAAGAUAGUGUGUGUUUGCCAUCAUCAUCUUGUAUCCAUGUAAGUUUAGCCAUGAACUUCUACUAGAGUACGGCAUGGUAUUGCAUGUACAGUUGCUCUCAGAAUGAAAUAAUUACCUUUUCUGUAA